ACCUCAUGAUGGGUAAAGGGAAAAUGUGAGUAGCAUGUCCACACAGUGCAGUGCUAUUGAAUUUGACAUAUGAAAUGAUCACCAGUAAACUAUUGAUCUUACAGUAUCCAGUAUUCAUCGAUGUACAGUCAGAUAUUCAUCACCAUUUACAUUUGGUUUACCAAGAGUUGUGGACAUGGUGUUUAGAGAGUUUAACUGCAUAAUUUAUUCUCACGUGUUGAGAGGAGUGCAGAGGAAGAGGGGCAUCCAGCCAGGGUGGAGGUUAUCAAGUUCCUCCUGUUCUGCCACAUGAGUCUGGGGUCUGUCCCAAGCCUGCACAUCCCCCAAUCUGCGCAGACUUUUCACUUAUCCCUAAAUGUUUUUGAUGCCAGAAUACAUGCAGGAUCAAAGGUUCUGUAGUGGAUUGUGAGGUCACUUAAUGUCACAGAACACAUACUGUGUACAUUUUGAUUAAUGAACAGGGAGCUGUAAACGACUUGACUGAACUAUGCAACUGAACAACAGCUGGAUGUGUGUGACCUAAAGUGUAACUGAAGUGAACUGAACAGCCUCUUCAACAACCAGUGCAAUCCCAUGCUGGGUGUGACUGUGUCAGGCUGUCUGUCUGCGAGGUGUACCUGGGUCUUAACUGAGAACAGGAGAAAAACAGAGGGAACAGAAAAAGGAUCUAAGCAUGGUUCAUGCUGCGGCUAUGGCUCAGGGGAAAAAGAGACCAGCUGUCCCCCCUCCUGAUGGGGGCUGGGGCUGGAUGAUUGUGGCCAGCUGCUUCUUGGUCACUGUCUGCACACGUGCCGUCACCAGAUCACUGGGGGUCAGGGCCUGUUCCCGAAGGAGCCGUAUAUCCUCGGAGUCGUGAAAGAAGAAAAAGGAUUCUGCUAGUCCGUGAUGCAUCUCCAUCUUCUUUGUGGAGUUCCAGAUGCACUUUGGAGUGGACUAUUCAGGGACAGCCUGGAUCCACAGUCUGGUGGACUGCACCACUAUGCUGUGUGCUCCUCUAGGCAGCUUCAUUGGGAACCGUCUGUCGUGCCGCAUCGCUGUGAUCCUUGGUGGCUUUCUGUCCUCUAUCGGUCUGGUCCUCAGCUCUUUCGCUACCAGCCUGGAGUACCUGUACCUCACCCUGGGGGUCCUCACAGGUAUUGGAUUUGCCCUCUGCUACACCCCUGCCUUAGCCAUGGUGGGCUCAUAUUUCUGUGAGAGGAAAGCCCUGGCGUACGGGAUCGCCAUGUCAGGCAGUGGCAUCGGGACCUUCAUCCUGGCCCCUGCCGUCCAGAUAAUCAUAGAGCACUACUCAUGGCGUGGGGCCCUGCUCAUCCUAGGGGGUGUUGUUGCCAACCUGUGUGUUUGUGGGGCAUUACUGCGCCCUAUCACUCUGAAAGAAGAAGAGGAUGCUCAUGGUCCAGUCUUGUUGGACACCGAGUGUGGAUAUGGGGUGAAAGCUCCGGUGGAUAGCAUGUUAGAGGAAUCACUGGCGAUCAACAACAACAACAACAACAGCCACCGCUGCUUCUGCUUCCAGUCCAUGCAGGAGUACUGCUUCCUGCUCAUGCCUGACUUCCUGAUGCUGGCAGUGAGCUUCUUGUUCCUAGCCAGUGGCUGCAGCCUGCCCUUCGUCUACCUGGUUCCGUAUGCACUGGACGUGGGCGUGAGCCACCACCAGGCCGCCUUCCUCAUGUCCAUCCUGGGGUUCAUUGACAUCGUGGGGAACAUCACCUUCGGCUGGCUCGUAGACAGGAGGUGCCUGAAGAAGUAUCGUAAUGUGUGCUACAUGAUAGCAGUGGGCAUGGAGGGGGUGUGCUGCCUCUUCAUCCCUCUCCUGCGGACGUUCGCCCUGCUGGUGCCUUUCUCUGUGUUUUAUGGGUACUUUGAUGGCGCCUACGUUGCCCUCAUACCUGUGGUGACCUCGGACAUUGUGGGGACACAUAACCUCUCCUCCGCCCUAGGGAUAGUCUACUUCCUACAUGCCAUCCCUUACCUGCUCAGCCCUCCAAUAGGAGGCUGGCUGGUUGACACCACAGGCACCUACACGGCCACCUUCUUCCUCAGUGGCUUUGCCCUCAUCUCCAGCUCCCUGGUCAUCAGCACGGUGACGGGGAUACGCCACUGUCGCAGGACCCAAAAGUACAGAAACAAAAAUAAAAACACAGACCCCAAACAGGAGCCAUGCCGAUCAGACUUCUACACAGCCUCAAGUAAAGACGUGAACCUUUCAGUCAACACAGCAAAUUCUUAACAUUGGACACUUUUCUGUAAUUAUGCAUUUGUUUUGUUAGAAUACCAAAGUACAUUGAAGAUUAUGAGAAACGGUCAUCAAUUGGUACACAUAAUCUAGAGUGAUAGUUCAGAAUUGGGAAUGACUUCCCUCAGAUGCUAAAUGGACACUAAAUGGAAGGUAAAUACAGUAAUUCUGCCAUAACCAGAUACAUUUUAGGCAAAAUAUGGACUUUAAAUAAUCUCUCUAUCAUGCCUGUGAUGUCAUUGCACAUUUUAUGUGCCUUUCUUUUUCAGGGUUGACAUGACUGCCAAUUUAAAUGUAACUAAGGAAGUUGAUAAAUUUUAAUAUCACUGACAGGGUUAUAGCGCCUUUCUGUAAUAGAUUAUUUCUGAAGUGGACAGUCUUCAUGUUGUUUCGUAAUACCUUAUUUUGACAAGAGAGGGCAGUCAUGAUCCAAGGGCAGCGUAGGAUGGCUCCUUUGUAAAAGUCUAUUCACAGCUGAAGGCCGUUUUUCUUAAUAUAUAAUAUAAUAAUAUAUGCCAUUUAGCAGACGCUUUUAUCCAAAGCGACUUACAGUCAUGUGUGCAUACAUUCUACGUAUGGGUGGUCCCGGGGAUCAAACCCACUACCCUGGCGUUACAAGCGCCAUGCUCUACCAACUGAGCUACAGAAGGACCACUUCUUGAGCAGAUGGUCAGGGAAGACCAAAGAGAUAUAGUAUUUGACUCAAACAGAAUCAUUUCGAACCUUAAUUACAAUACAAAUGAUUACACAAAUACAUAUGCCACUCUAUGCGUGGGCAUACUUGGGAAUAGAUUUCAUCAAUUAAAAUGACUUUCAGUUGAUUUCCUGGUGAUUUUACAGUCUUUUAUGUCCAACAAUGUUUUUUUUAAACAUUAUAUAUAUACAGUAACAUUAAAAGG